AUGGGUGAGCGAGCCCACCACGGAGCCCAAGUAUGCUCUGGCACCAACCCCAGGAAGUGCCAGGACUUAGGAGACUCAAUUCUUCUGAUUCUGGGCAGCUUCAUCUUGCUCAACGUGGGGAUCAACGUGGUGACUCUGCUCUGGAGGCAUCUGAAGAGCACCUUGAGGACUCUUUUCCAUCAUUUUUUCCCCAAAGACAAGCAACCCAGUGGUAUAGGCAGCCAUCCCAUGUGUAUGCGCUGCUCCACGGAUCCCAAGAACCUGUGCUCAAGAGUCUCUUCUUGCUUCCAUCGUCGCCCAAGCUUCCUGCUCAGGCAUGCUAACCACCUUGAUUCCUGGAUACCAGACAUGAAUGAUGAGAAGGUUUCUAGGUGCUGCUGGAUGCCUCCUCAAUGUGGACAUGCCGGGGCUCCCACGGAGGCUCCAUGGGAACUGUGGAAGGAGGGGAUGAUGGAAGCUGGGGAGGCCCCUCAGGUCACAGCCUUAAAGGGCCAAACCUCCUUGCUCUUCAAGCCAGAGACAUCUUCCCAGUUCCCAAAGAUGAGCAAGUUGGACAUGGUUCCACUUCGGUUGCCCCCAGAGAGCAAGACUAAGACCCCAGACUAUGCCCCAGCCCAGGCCCCAGCUCAGGCUCAGACCCACUCCCUAGCCCACAUCUCUGAGCACACUCCCACCCACACCCAGACCUACUCCGCAGGCCACACCCCUCAGUGCACCCACUCCCAGGCCCAGGACCUUGAGGAUGCAUCAGCCCACACGCAAGCCCACACCCCAGCCCCUGCCCCAGCUCCUACUCCACCCCCUACCCCAGCCCACUCCUCAGUUCACACCCCAGCCCAGAACCUAGACCACACCCAAGCCCGCACCCCAGCCCAGGCCCCAGCUCAGGCCCAGACCCACUCUCAGACAUACACCCUUGAGCACACCCACUCCCAGGCCCACAGCCCUGGCUAUACCUCAGCCAUUGCCCCAGUCCUCUCCCCAGUCCACACCCCUGCACAUGCCUUCACCCACUCCCAGGCCCAGGCCCCUGAGCACACAGCAGCCCAUGCCUCCGCAUAUGUCCCAGACCAUUCUCAUCUAAUCCAUACCUAUGCCCACACCCCAGCUCCUGCCCCAACCUCUGCCCCAGCCCCUCCCCCAACCUUAGCCCCAGCCACUACUCCUGCCCCAGCCCCUCCCCCAACUCCUGCCCCAGCCACUACUCCUGCCCCAGUGCCUACACCAGCCCCUACACCAGCCCCUGCCCCAGCACGGGUCAUGGCUAUGACUACCACUCCAACCCAUGCUCCUGUCCCUGCCACCACCCCUACCCCUAUCCUAGCUCCUAUUCCCUCUACCCUGUCUGCCUUUGGCCAUGGCCUCUCCACUGGCCAUGUGGUCUAUGAUGCCCGCAGGGCAAAGCAGAACUUCCAUAUGUGCACCCUCCAGAACUCUGGGUAUUCCAGAAAGAACUUGAGUGCCCUCUCCAGGCUCCAAGAGGGUCAGAGCCUGGUGAGCUCUGGUAUAUCUGACCAAACAUCAAAGCAACACAGUGGGGACACUGCCAAGCCUCAUGUAGGAUCCAUACUGGGCUACCUGGAACUGGGGAAUAUGGAAUGGCAGAUCUCAGAUGACGCCAAAGACAAGUUCUCCCAGCCCAAGACCUUCCCUUACUGCAGCUUCCAUCCUUGCAGUUCUGAGAGGAAGAAUACAGACUCCCAGUCUCGAGUCUACCCCAAGGUCCUGGUCUACUCUCAGGAUAUUGCAUCUUCUAAACCUUGCUUUCAUUCUCCAACCACUGCCCGGAGCUCACAGUGUACCCUUCCUCCACCAUGCACUCUUUCCCUGCCACUUGUUCCCCCUAGAUCCUUUGUCCUUCCUCAAUCUAUCAACCACCAGAAGCCCUCCACCUUAACACAAACCCCCACCUUUCUCCCAACCUCCAAGUCUCCUCAGUGUAUCCCUCCUUCCCAACUCCUCGAGCCUCCCCAGUUCUCCACUACUUCCCAAAUCCAGAUCCAAUGCCAACGUUCUGAUCUUCAGAGUCUAGGCCUUACCCAAGACCCAGGCCUUCAAAGGACCCCAUGCCCUUCAAAAGACUCUAGAGUUCCCAGGAACCCAGGCCCUACCCAAGAUCCAGCCCUCCACAACAACCCAGGCCUUACGCAAGAUCCAGGCUUCCACAAGAACCCAGGUCUUGCUCAAGAUCCAGGCCUACACAAGUUACCAGGCCUUACCCAAGACCCUUAUCUGUGCAAGAAUCCAAGACCUUCUGAAGACUCUGGCCUUCACAAGAAUCCAGGCAUCACCCAAGAUUCUGGCCCCCAAAAGAGCCCAGGUCCUACUCAAGAUGCUGGUGUCUUUAGGAGGCCAUGUCUCACUCAAUCUUCUGGCCUCCACAAGAAAAUACCAUUUACCCAAACUUCCCAGAAGAGUUUGGGCUUUAUACAAGAUUCUGGAGUCUGUAGGAAUCUUGAACAAAACCAAGAGACUGUAGUCUACAAAAGUCAAGAUCCCUGCCAGGCAACUAACUGCCAAAAGAACCCAGGCCCUUCUCAAAAUUCUGGAGGUUACAAGAGUACAGGCAGUGUCCAAGAUCCAAGAGUCUAUAAGACCCUAGGCCUUACCCAACACUCUGGACCACAGAAUAGCUCACACCUUGACCAAGACUCUGAAGUCAACAAAAGCCCAGGCCUUGUCCAAACCUCUGAUCUCCCAAAGUGCUCAGGCCUUACCCAAGACUCAGGAGACUGUAACAAUCCAGGCCAUAGCCAGGGUUGUGGUGUCUGCAGGGUCCCAGGUCUUACUCAAGAUUCCAAACUCCACAAGAAUCCAGGCCUUACCCAAGCUACUGAAGAUGAAAGGAGAUUGAGCCCUACCCGAGAUGCUGGAGUUUACAGGAGAACAGAACGUAGCCAAGACCCUAACCUCCACAAGUACCCAGGAAUUAAUCAAGAUCCUGGCCCUCAUAAGGACCCAGCUGUUGUCCAAGACUCUGGCCUCCCCAAGAUUUCAGACCUUACCCAGGAAUCUGGCCUCCACAAGGGCCCAAACCUUGCUCUAGCUGCCAAAUCUGUCCAAGUCUUAUGCCCACUUCAGACCUCAAAGUCAACACUGUCCCAGACAAAGUUUGCAUCCAAGAAGGCUCCUCAGAAGGAGGAUAAAGAGCAGCACGUACCCUGCACCUCUGCACCACUCAAUCAGAACUCCUGCUCUUACAAGGCCCAGGUGAUCUCCAGUGACUUGCAAACCUUCUCAGAGGUACCUGUACUAAUAGAGCUGCAGCCACCAUCCCGGCGGACAGGCAGCCAAGACUGGGUUUACCGCCCUGUGGAUACAGUUCCUUCAGGCUUCCAGAACUAUCGUCAGGUAUCUAUGCCUCCCAAAAUCAAUGGGAAGUACCACUACCCUGGACCAGGCACCCGGGGAGGGCAUGUGGUCUUUGAUGCCCGCCAGAGACAGUUGGGAGUGGGCAGGGACAAGUGUGAAGCUCUGUCUCCCAGGCGUCUUCACCAAGAGGCACCCUGCAACUCAGGGAAACCAUCAAGCAGUGGGGAUAUCAGAAUGUGAUGAGGACCUUGGACAAAGAGGGGACAAAUGUGCAUCAGGAAUAAAGAGGCAAGAGAA